UUCUAGUGUAAAUUUUCGUAUUUUUAGACCUUGAUGCAGAUAAUGUUGAUUUAAAUUCGUUGAAAAUUUCUCCAGCCCCGAAAUUCGUCUGGGAGAAAAGGAAGAUGUGCACUUCCGGCUGCAGGACCUGCAAAUCUCAACCAGCUUGUGCUGGCUGUUCCCCAGCGUGCUGCGGUCCGUGUAUCAGCUACUGCAUUUUCGAUCUGGAAAGUGCCGUCUUUGAUACUCGCCACGUCUACCGGAAGGCUCUCAAGGAGCUGGCUCGUGGUUUUGGUAAGAGGAUCCCAGAUAUUUUACACGUCCAGAGUGGGCCUAUGACGACGUCGGAGAUGUCCGAACUGUUUUGCCGGAAACUCGACAUUCCGAUGAGUUGGGAAUCGUUUAGGUACGAACUUAACGAGCGGACCUCCCAACUGAUUGCAAAUCCCCCGUUUAUGGAUGGUAUCGAGCGGUUGGUCCCGCACCUGCGCAACUCCUGCCUGGAAUUGGGCCUGAUCACCUCCAGCAACGAGGUGAACUACUGCGCGAAGAUCCGCGGUCGGGAGGACUUCUUCGAGAACUUCUCCACCGUGGUCUGUGCGGAUGACCCGGAGUUGAGGGCCUACAAGCCCGAGCCCGACGUCUACCUGAUUGCCAUGUCCAGGCUGGGCGACGCUGGACCGGACUGCACCCUGGUUUUCGAUGGCACUCCCAAGGGCGUUCAGGCGGCGAGCGAUGCUCGACUGCCCGUCAUAAUGUUGGCCGACAAGGACCUGCCCUGCUGUUGGUCCGAGCUGGCCGCCUUGCGCUUCGUAGCCGCCGAACUAUCCAUUUUAAAUUUGAGAGAAUGAGCCAUUAGAGCAGAUCUAUAAGAAAACAUGUGUUUUUGUAAGCUAAUAAAAAUAAGAGGAAAUUUCUCCACAAAGGAGUGCGAUUGUGA